GUCAUUUUCUCAUUGGACAGCUUCGAGGCAACUUGUCAUCUUCCUGAUCAGAAAGUUUACAACUCACCCAAACACCGACGCAUCUCUCCUUUACUGCUACUACGAUUAAACUCUCUCUCUCACCAUGGCACACUGGUCAGAAAUUGCGUACAAGAUUAGUUGAUAUCCAAAAUCAUAUAGACUAAUAUCUUUUGGUUUAAAAAGGAGAGGGUCUUGAUUUUGUAUAUUUUGGCUUCAAGGGGUCUGUUCUUGUUCGUAGUAAUCUCGAUUUUCGAUGGCUGAAUUGGUUGGGCCGAGGUUGUACAGCUGCUGCAAUUGCCGAAACCAUGUUGCCCUUCACGACGAUGUCAUUUCGAAAGCCUUUCAGGGUAGAAAUGGUCGAGCGUUUCUGUUUUCACAUGCAAUGAACAUUACAGUAGGGCCAAAAGAAGACAGACAACUCAUGACUGGGCUGCACACGGUUGCUGAUGUCUCCUGCUGCGACUGCCAUGAGGUGCUGGGUUGGAAGUAUGAACGCGCAUAUGAGCAAACACAGAAGUACAAGGAAGGGAAAUUCAUUCUUGAGAAAUCGAAGAUAGUCAAGGAAGACUGGUAGCAUCCAUGAAGGCUUUCAAAUUCAUCUGUCUGCAUGUCAAACGAAAGUGUAUGGAUGCUCGUGCUUGUAUUUAUCUUGUCAAAUUCUUAACAGUUGAAAAAUUCAAUUGUUGUUGUUCGUUGUGGAUUCCUCGUGUCUGUUGUGUGAAUAUUGUAUCUGGAAACCGACAUAUAAUUAAUUGGAAUAAGAUGUGAAUAAUUCAUUCAGUAA